AUGGCGAACGGCUAUCCUCGUAACUUCAUAGAACGCAACAGGCAGCCUGGUCCAAGCCGAAGUUCGGUGACAGAACGGCCAAAAAUCUGGCGGGCGCUUCCUUACAUUGACGGCGUCUCUGAGGCGGUCUCCCGUCUGCUAAGACCACUGGGGAUUGGCAUUGCCCAUCGGCCAGAGUCAACAAUUAGAAAUCUGGUCAUGAGACCUAAGACCCCUCUGCCACGCGGCGAAACAUCAAACGUCAUUUAUCGGAUCCAGUGCAGUUCCUGUGAUAUGAAUUAUAUUGGAGAGACCGGCAAACGACUGCACACCCGUGUUGCAGAGCAUAUGAGGGCAGUUAGGCGGAUGGACCCGUUGUCUCUAGUGGCAGAACACUGCGCAAACUCUGGACACACGUUCGCCUUCCAGAAUGCUGAAAUCCUGGGCCGGGGAAAUGACCGCAUCACGAGGGAAACAAUCGAGGCCUGGCACACUGGCGCGAACUCCAUCAACCGAAGCGUAGCGCUUCCUGAGGCUUACCAGGCCCUCCGGACGCAGCUUAGUGAACAGAAGAGUAGAGUCAGGCUGCGACAAGACAGAAACCCAAGUACGGCCGAGUCCAUGGGGGCCACACGCGCAGCUGUACUUCAACCCGAAUCUGACGAAGGUGCGAUCGUCACUACAGCCGCGUCGUCCACUUAUCUGGCAGGUGUGAGGACGAACGAUCGCAGUAACGCCAAGGGAUCCGAUGAAGGUGCUAUCAUCACUGCCACUCAUGCGGCAGGUGAGAACACAAGUGACUGCAGGGUGACAAAGAAGAUUGCCAGCCUAGGACGAGAGCUAAGGUCAAUGCAAACACGUGCGAUGACAGCUAGCGUCCAAACGACAGCCCCCGAAUAG